GCCGCCUCUCGUCCUUCAUCUGCUCCUCGAGCUCCUCGUCUCUUCUCUCAGCACCAGAGUCCCAUCAGCCGCCUCCGAGAUGCUGCCGGCUCUCUGCUCUCUCCUCGCCGCUCUCUCAUGUGUCAGCGGUGUGACCGUGGUGACCCAGAAGCCUCCUGUUCUCACGGUGAAGAAAGGAGAAAAGAUCACCAUGUACUGUAACCUGGGAACUGUUACUGACAGUAGUGCACGAUGGUACAAGCAGGUUCCAGGAGAAGCUCCUCACUCGUCCCCGCCGCCUCUCCUCCUCCAUCUUCUCCUCGAGCUCCUCGUCUCUUCUCUCAGCACCAGAGUCCUAUCAGCCGCCUUCGAGAUGCUGCCGGCUCUCUGCUCUCUUCUCGCCGCUCUCUCAUGUGUCAGCGGUGUGAUCGUGGUGACCCAGAAUCCUCCUGUUCUUCAGGUGAAGGGAGGAGAAAAGAUCACCAUGCACUGUAACCUGGGAACUGUUACUAAUGAUGCUCGAUGGUACAAGCAGGUUUCAGGAGAAGCUCCUCAGUUUAUGUUAAAUAAUUAUCAUGCCUGGGGCUCUCCUAGGUAUAGAUCUGGUUUCUCUGCUCCUAAGUUCACAUCCACAUACUCGUCCAAGUCUGAUUACACUCUAAUAAUCAAUAACGUGGAGGUCAGUGACUCUGCAGUGUAUUACUGUACUACAAGGGACAGCUCUGCUAAUGAACACGUAUCACAGUGA